CGCCUUCGUUUUUUGGUCUUUGGAAACUGACAUGGGAAGCAAUUAACUACACGAAACAUUAUCCAAACAAAACAUCAACGCGGCCAUAUCGAAUAAUCUCCGUGUACGAUUCCACCAAGUUAAUUCUUUGCUCGAAUUUCGAGAUCGCUUGUAUAAGAUUAAAUGUUAUUUUUUGGCUUGCCACUAUUUGGAACGUGAAGUCAGAUGGAUCGGAGCGUUUAUUAAAGUCUGAUAAUCAUCCGUGAGCAUCACACUCUGACAAUGUCGAGAUCAAACCACGAGAAGGCGUCGUCGAAGCGAUCGAAAAUGGACAGAUACACAGAGGACCUCAAGUAUUCAUUGCGACGUCGACUCUCCGAGUCCGUCGGCAAGGGGACGCUCAGAACAGACGACAUCCUAGCCCGCAGUCACCGACAAAUCGUCUCUGACUUCACCGACCCACGGCAAUGGUACUACUCGGCGACCCAUGACUACAUUAUCGCUCUCAUGCGCGAAACUCAGAAACAAAAUGGCGGGUCAGUAUGGGGAAGUGGGAGUCGGAGGACAGAGCGAGGCUCGUCCAGAGGACAUUCGUCUUCGACAACGAUGGACGGACGACAGGGAAGGCACAAGGGGUCGUUUAUCGAAAUCCCCACCGAGACGUCAGAAGAUAUUCAAGAAAUACGUGGACUUGCUGGAAAACCCCCAGACAUUGGUAUUCGGGAUAAACAGAUGCAGUCUGAUAAAAGGGGAGAAGUGGAAGGCGAUGCGAGAUCAGUGCAAACACCAAUAUCAAAGGAUACUAGUGCUAUCAAUAAUGAGGACGGGAAAAUCGCACUCCUUGAUUGUUUCGUGCCAAGCAGAAUUUCCCCUGAGGGGAAGUCAAACAUCACGAUCAAACAAGAAGCAACCGUUCCACUUCAUGUAAACACCGAUCAAGACAUUAGCGUCCAAUCGCGAGACUACACAGGAUCUGAUAUUCAUGUCAGCAGCCAUUUUGAGAAAUCGAGUUACGAAAACCACGAUAUUCAAGCUGGUGUCACCUCCGAAAUGACAACAGAUAUGGACAGAUCAAGAGACCCGUGUGAAGAUAAGAUUAGGACUGAGGAAUAUAAUGUACUCGCCAUGGAAGCUUACAGAGCAUCAAAGCAAAGUCAUCACUCUUGUACCUCUUCGAAAAAGCACAAGGUUUCGGUUGCUUAUGGAAACCCACACAACAGCUACCUCACGGGGAAAAUGGAAUCUUUCAUACCGGUGGGCAAACGGAGCAAAAGAAGGCCUGUUUUAGAUACAGCAGUCUCGCUUCCUCAAAUUGGUAAGACUGUUCAGACUGAUCCCGAUGAAGAACAUCAAUUCCAAAUGACAAAAUUAUACAAGUUCAGACGUGGUAGAGUUGGUAGUCGAAAACGGAGGUUGUGUCCUUUGAUUGGUCUAGAGAAAGCAUCCGAUAAGAAAGGAGAUCUUCCUUACGUUGAGGACUGGAUACGAAAGCUACAGAUCAACGGGAAAGACCUGGUCACCGAUAAACAUCUGGAGCCUAUAGAGCGCGUAGAUGAAGCAUUUCCUUACAUGUCGCAACAGCGCCCUCAAAUACCACAAUCUGCAUACCAAGAGAUGGAGCUACCAUCUGAUUUCAAACCUGUGACAGGUUUCCAACAAUUCCAGCCACUCCCAAGUCUCUAUCUGUACUCUUUGAAACAGAAAUCAGACCUCAAAGUUAAGUUGAAUUACUUCGAUAUGCCGAAACUUGACAAACAGAAAACAGAUCCAGGUCACCAACAAAAACAGUCCUUGAAGGAAGAACUGACACAGGCAAGAACUAAGGUACACGUCAUCGAGAACAGGUUGGAGGAACUGUACAGGGGCGAGACGAAUCUUGACAAGAUUGUUUCAAGGCAACAGAUAAAACCAUUGAAGAAACAUAAUGGGAGGUUUAUUGAUAUCACAUCAGGAAUCGCGAGUCUCGUCCCAGACACCAACUCGUCUCGGGAACGUCCAGCUGAAAACGAAAACGCUGGUGUCCCAACAUCAAUGGAUCAUGCAAGCUUUCAAAAAGUGUCGGAUGGAACCAGCGAAGGUCAAACCAAGAUCAACACCGUCAGUUUAUCACUUUCUGCAAGUGAACUUCCACAAUCAAGGAAUGCUGAUCCAUCGACCAGCGAAUCCAGAUCAGUGACACAGGGAGACGACUUUCACCUGACGUCUACUUCGUCCUGGAAGCAACAGAAGCCAGUUAGUCCUGGAAGAGGAAACAGUGGUAAAGUACUAGAGGGGAAAACACUUCGUGUCUUUGGAGAUCGCGGUAUGGGUAGUGACCAUCGUCAGGCAGACCAGACAGACAACAGCUUGAUGAAUUGUCCAGAUGUGGCCAUUGCAUCUGUACAGGACUGUAACGCAUCAGGGUCAGAUAUCGAUCCGCACACGCGGGAUCAACUUGGAAUUGAAGCAGGAGAUGAAGAGUUAGAUGAGGAUAAAACCGGUUCGAUGUUAUCAUCUGUAGUUCUUGAAGUCCUGAACGACUUGAUGGAUCGACUUGACGUACCAGAUGAAACUGAUGAGCACCCCUCAUCGACGACCGAUGGUGAUGCCUCCGAAGUAACCGAAGAAAUGACAAUUAAAACGACCAAGGACGUAUCAGUUUCAGGGGAAUCGCAUAGUGAGAUUGGUGAGGGCAGCACCCAAGGCCAGGAAAAUAUAGUAGUCCGACUUUGUUCAUUUUGCGAUGAGCCACACGAAAUAACAUGAAAUGUUGACUUACUCAUCCACUGAAUAAAAUAAAAAGUCAGCAUGACUGCAAAAACAAAAGGGAGACCUAUAAUUAUGGUGGUGUUUGCUUGUUGCUGCAGACUGCUUUCGAAAAUAAUAACACACUGUCAGAAAAAAAAUUUCUCCUCAAAAGGAAUAGUAGUUCAUGCUUGAAUGCAUUCAGCAGUCUA